AUGGCGUCUGAGCCAUCGUCUCAGCCCGAAGGGGCGACUGCUACUGUUCCUGGUGCGGGCCAGAGUGCACUGCCCGCCGAGCCGCUUGCCUCGUCGCAGGCUGCGCUGGCCACCGCGCUCGAGGAGCACAAGGAGGAGCCAAGCACGACAGAGGCAUCUGCCGAGAAAUCGGACGACGGCGAGGUGCGCACCGUCUUCCAGGACCCUGUGAACUUUAAUGUGAAGCACCCGCUGUACAAUUCGUGGACGCUGUGGUUCGACAACCCCCUGCACAAAGGCUCGUCCAGCGCCAAGGAGCGCCGUGAGAGCUGGGGCGCGAAUCUGAACCAGGUCGGCAAGCUCAACAGCGUGGAGGAGUUCUGGGGCCUGUACAACAACAUUGUCCCCCCCUCGAACCUGCCGCAGAGUGCCAACUUUUACCUGUUCAAGGAAGGCAUCCAGCCGGCGUGGGAAGAUCCUGCGAACGGCAACGGCGGCAAAUGGAGUGUGCAGCUUCCGCGUGAGAAGCACCGGAGCCAGAUUGAUAAGCUGUGGCUUUAUACCAUGCUCUCGGCCAUCGGCGAGACGCUCGAGACGCCCGCGGCAGACAAGCGGCCGCCGCCCUCCUCGCAGGAGGAGAUGGUGACCGGCGUGAUUCUCCAGGCGCGCUCCAACUUCUACCGUAUCUCGGUGUGGACGCGCCGCGCGGACGAGUGGGACGUGGAAGUCCCCGAGGGCGAGGAGCCGUCCGAGUCGGUCCAGGUCGGCCGGCGCCUCAAGGACAUUGGUCGAUUCCUCAAGACCGACGUGUUGGGAUACCCACUGGACGCCAAGGUCGGAGGCGGCUUCUCGUCCGAGGUUGAGUUCCAGAGCCACAAGGACAGCGAAAAGAAGCGUGGCAAGCGGACGCUUGUCAACUAA